AGUAAAUAAUUAAAUCCAACAAACAGCACACAACCGCAACAAAAAUGCAUUUUCCAAAAAAAUUUAAAAAUCUAAACAAAAGCCAUUUAAUGCUAAAACGAACUAUAAAUGUAUUAAAUUCUACAACUAUUGUACAGCAACAAUUUAACUUAAAAUCCCUUUAGAAUUAGACAAAAAUAAAAUUGCUUUAAAUACUAUUUAAAUAAUACAUUUUGAUAAACAUUUUCCUUGGAAAGUAAAACCCAACAAAUUGUAUGUGUUUUCCGGCAUUUAUGUUCCUGUAUGUGAUUUAAGUAGCUGAAUUUUUUAUCUUUUUUUUUUUUUGGAUAAUUUACACCUAAAUAAAAAAAAUCUUUAAAAACAAACUAACAACCAACAAUAUAAAUUUUAAAAAAUAAGCACAAAAUCCUUGGCAUCAACUCGUUGCGGUUUUAGUUAUUUUGAAGCACAAAAAAUUACUGUAACUGGAGGAAAACCAUGAAGGAAAAUUGUAAAAUGUCAGAGUCGCGUCGACAAUCAGUCAGCUUUACCGCCAUGCCACCCGGUGUUUUAGCCAAUGACAGUCGUAACAAUUCCACCGAUGACAUACAAAUCGCUUUAGCACCACACAUACAAACCUAUUUAAGUCAAACGGGACGUCGUCAUUCCUGCUGCAGCGUCAUGUUACCCGUAGCCUUUGAACGUGCUGCUUCUAAUUCCUGGCUAGAUCCUAAAUUCGAUUCAGCCGUAUUGGAGGGCCAAUAUCAAACAAGUGUAUUUUCGCAUGUACGAAUGAGAUACAGAUUUACUCUCUCGUACAUACUGCUCUGUUCGGUAGCCUGGUUUUUCUACUUCCUCGUGGAUGGCGGUUCAGAAGACUUUUGGCGUCCUAUCUCAAGUUCCUUUUCUCUUAUAUCGCUUAUAACAAUCGUGGCCAUAUGCUUUACACACUGGGAUAUGUAUCGAGCAAAUCACAUAGCCACAUCCGCAAUUACGGCGGGAAUAUUGUGUGCUACGUCACUAAUAUUUCUCACAUAUACAGGGCGAGCUUUUAGCCCACUGGGUCAUUUUGCCAUUUGUUUAGAAAUAGUCCUGCUGAUCUAUACCGCCCUACCCAUGACGCUGUGGUUGAGUGCGGCCAUAGCCGUCAGCUAUACCAUACUGUUUGAGGUGGUUACCCAUAUGGUGGUGGCAGGAAAUGCUGUGCAUGGAGCGACGGCAGAUUUUAGUUAUAAAAUUCUAUUCUUAAGGAUACUUUGUCAUGUGUGUGUACAUUUGGUGGGUUUGCAUGUGUUGGUCAUGAAUUUGGUGCGAAUGCGUGGUACUUUCAUGAAGGUGGGUCAAAAUUUACUAGUCAGACGUCAGCUGGAGUUAGAGAAACAAUUGAAGGAGAAAAUGAUUCACUCGGUAAUGCCGCCUAAAGUUGCUGACAUGUUGUUGAAUGAGGGAGGCAUUGAUGGUAAUAAUGAUGGUUCCAUUAAGCCCGAAUCACAUUAUAUGCGUCCGAGGCCCUCGAAUGAUGUGAAGUCUUUAUUUCGUCCCUUUCACAUGCAUAGUAUGGAAAAUGUCAGUAUACUUUUUGCCGAUAUUGUGGGCUUUACACGAAUGUCUUCAACGAAAACCGCCGAACAGUUGGUGGAAAUUUUGAAUGAUCUCUUCGAAAGAUUCGAUGAUUUAUGUACGUUAAAUGGUUGCGAGAAAAUCUCUACCCUAGGUGAUUGUUAUUAUUGUGUAUCGGGCUGUCCGGAACCUAGGCCGGAUCAUGCUAUAUGUUGUGUGGAAAUGGGUUUGGGUAUGAUAGAUGCUAUGCGUUGUUUUGAUGCUCAGCGGCAUGAAGGUGUUAAAAUGCGUGUGGGUGUUCACACGGGCACCGUUUUGUGCGGUAUAGUUGGUACGAGGAGGGUCAAGUUUGAUGUCUGGAGUAAUGAUGUCUCGUUGGCUAAUAAAAUGGAGUCCUCUGGUAAACCUGAACAAGUUCAUAUAUCCGAAGAAACGGCAAGUUUUCUGGGUGAAGCUUAUUAUCUAGAUGAAGGAGAAGAGGUUUUUGGUCAUCGCACCUAUUUUGUGGUGGGUCGCCGAAAAGACAUCUCCCGCGCCAACAGUUUAUGUCCCAGUGUACAUGCCAACUCAGCAAGCAGUCAUUUACAGCUGCCCGGCAUACCAGGACAACCCAUCUCGUUAACGCAAAGUGCUACCAACAUUUCUGUUAUACAUCCCAAUGUUCCACCCGCUUCACCGGUGGGUCAACUAUCAACAUCCUUAAAUCCUUCGCCUGUACUCUCAAUACGACCAAGACUGACUUCGUUAAGCAUGAAAUUGCGCAAAAAAUCACAAUCCCGGGAAAUGGAUGUUGAACGUGGCAUUAUACACCCCGCUGCAGCGGGAAUACCUCCCGUUAUAGUUUGUCGUGAAAGACCAAAGAUAAUAAUAACAACGAAAAGUUUACCUGGGAGUUUGGAUUCUGAAAAUGAACCUGAACAAACGAAUGAUGAGAGCCAAGAGUCCAAUAAAAAUGGCAAAACUGCAGUAGGCAAUAGUAGACCAAAGAUAAGAUUAAAGGUAUGGAAGGUACCGAGAUUUCUUAAGAAACUGGAGGAUAUUGGUAAGACAAAUGAAAAGUCUACCAACACCGAGGUAAGCAUCAGCUUAAUGCAUCCUGUACCAAAGACACCCACGGGAAACGAAGAGACCGUAGCUUUUAUAGAACCCAAUGGUUAUCAACCGCUGCAACCUGUGGUAGUGGAAAAUAAUAAACCUAACACCAAUAUGCUGGAAAUACCACAUAAACCCGCGCUGCAUCAUGUGGCCACUUCAACGGGUAUAAGUAACAAUGUUAAUCGUUCUCCCGAUGCCAGUUGUUGUUCUCCCGGUCAAUACUCCAUGUUCGAUGACAUUAUUGAUAUAAGAUCAUACAUUAGUCAGUCUCGUAGUGAUAUCUCUCCAUUUGGUAGAUCUGGUAGCUAUCGUUCACAGUGCGGUAGAAGUGGACAAUCGGAAACCUCACCAUUACCUAGACCCAGAGCUUCCACCUUGACGGCAGCCAAAGCGGAGGGAGUGAAUAAUAACAAUGCCGCACAACCACUAAUUGUACCUGGUGCAGCUACUGCACAUCAACCUACACACUCACGUAACUCCAGCAUAUGGCCGGAUGGUUUAAGUAUAUGUCCCUCCGCCACUUCCCGCAAAGAUUCUGGCAUCAAAAGUAAUUCACGCCGUUCAUCGAUACAACAGCAAAUAUAUGCCCUUAACCAAACCGCCAUUAGUACUCACCGUGUUUCCGGCUAUUUUACCAGUUCAACUUCCAGCAUCUCCAAUUUGGGAGAUGUACAAAAUGUACCCAAUGUGCCACUACCUGCCGCCAUGAUGCCACCACCGCCGCCUGAAGAUUUUGCAAGUGGACAAGUUGCUGAUCCGUUGGCCGCUUGCUUACAACAACUGCGCAAACAAUCAGAUCUCCAGCUGAUACGCUGUGUACGUGAUAAUGCCAAAUCCCAAAGGAGUUAUCUAGUCAAACCUCCUCUUAGGAAAUUUAGUUUAUACUUCAAAUCCCGCCAAAUGGAAAGAGACUUUCGUUCGAAAGCCCAUAGAUUUGGUAAUGAAAGUGAAACGGAAGGACCUCCCACAUUAGCCACGCCCAGAUAUAAUACUUACAUAGAUAUUUUCGUGGGUUUGGCGGUUUAUUUGUGUAUUUCCAUCUCUUUAUUCCUGAUGACACCCAAUACGGUUACUCCCAGUUUUCGUCUAUGGGUGUCGCUUUUCACCUGCUUUACCGCCAUACAAAUUUUCGCUUUAUUUCUCUUUACCCGCCAAAUGUGUCGCAGACAUUCCACCCACACUAGGACGAAAGUGGCCAAUAGCGAAUCCUGUGCCGAUCGUUUAUUUGAGGCCAUUUCCAGUUGGUAUCCUUGGCACAUUUGUUUGGCAGUAUUAAUGGCCAUGCCGGUUAUUUUAAUUAUAGCGAAUUUUCUUUUAUUGGAUCUCAAUGAACUGGAGGCAUUCGAAUAUCAUUAUGGUUUUCUGAUAUUUGUGUGCAUAGUCCAUUUCUGCAAUUUUACCCAAUUGAACUGUUGGAUGCGCAAUAUUUUGGCCUUUCUAGCAGCUUUAUGUUUUGUGGGCAUAGCUGUUUCCCAACUAUUGGUCUACUCAAAUCGUUCCGAUGCCACCGAGUCCGCCGCAUCUCUACUCAAUGCCACCCGUUUGCCGCAUCUCCGUCGGGAUGUGGCCAAAUAUAUUAUCGAAGAAAUUAAAUGGUUUCAAGAUUAUCAUGUCGAAAUCUAUUUGGAUUUAUUUCUCAUACUUGUGUUAGUAUGGUUUCUGAAUCGGGAAUUUGAAAUUGGUUAUCGUUUAACAUUCUAUGGUAAUGCGGUGGCCAAUCAGGAUAAGAUACGUGUCCAAAAUAUGAAAAAUCAAGCUGACAUGUUGCUGCACAACAUUAUACCCAAACAUGUGGCUGAACAUUUAAAAAAUACCGCCAAAUAUUCCGAAAAUCAUCAUAAUGUUGGUAUUAUUUUUGCCUCCAUUGUUAACUUUAACGAAAUGUACGAUGAAAGCUAUUUGGGAGGCAAGGAAUAUCUGAGAGUUCUCAAUGAACUGAUAGGAGAUUUUGAUGAGUUGUUAUCGCGUCCAGAAUUCAAAUGUGUGGAGAAAAUUAAAACUAUUGGUUCCACAUUUAUGGCAGCUAGUGGUUUGGAUCCCAAUCAUCGUGGCGAUGGCUAUGAACAUAUUUAUGCCUUAAUGGAAUUUUCCAUGGCCAUGCAGGGUGUAGUGGAUGCUUUCAAUAAGGAUCUAUUGGAGUUUAAUUUGAUACUGCGCAUAGGUUUCAAUGUGGGCGAUGUUACCGCUGGCGUUAUAGGCACUAGUAAACUGCACUACGAUAUUUGGGGUGAUGCGGUUAAUGUGGCUUCUCGUAUGGACUCCACUGGCGUUUCGAAUCGUAUACAAGUGGGUAAAGAUUGUUUACCUUUUCUGGAAGCCAAAUAUGAAUUUGAACCUCGUGGCAGUGUUUAUGUUAAGGGUAAAGAUAAUAUGGAAGUAUUUUUAUUCACCCGCCGAAAACCCGAUCUUUUGGGUGAUGACGAAGAGGAGGAAGAGACUCACAGUUCUCAGAUGGGAAAUGGUAAGCAGAAUGGUAGUGUUAGUUAAAUCAUAAAGAUGAUUUGUUUUCUUUUAAACAUACAAAUUAUAUGAUGGAGAAAUUUUUCUAUAAGAAACAAGACAAAGGCACAAGAAGCAGUUUUUGUUAUAUUGAUGUGAAGUUUUCAAAAACUGCUUUUAACGGCCGGCCUGUUUCUUGAACAUGAAAAUGGCUUAGAGUUUUUGAGAAAAGUUUGCAACUGUAUGGUGGCCAUAAAGUUUUUCAAAAUGCUAUAGAAUGAUAUAUAUUUUACUAAAACUUUUUUUGGCAACCAAGUCUAGAGGAAGAAAUUGUAUUUCUCUGAUUUUACUUAUUUAUUAUAUUUAUAAAGACCUACAUGCAGUUUUCAAAAAAUAUCGAAAUAUUGCUGCAUGUUAUGGAAAACUCUGAUUUACUCAAGCGAUUACAAAUGGUUUCAAAUGCAUACAAUAUGCGAAACUUAAAUGUUUUGAUAAUUAUAUUAAUCGAAGAUAUUUAGUUAAAUGCCAACAUGAUAUUUGCUAUAUCGAAAAUCUUAAGAUAUAUAACGAGCUUUGUAUUACAUAUGUAAAUUAGAAUGGUGUAUAAUAUUUACAAACAUUUGUCCUUUAAAUUAUCUUAUUAUAUAUUUUACUUUUGAUUCUUUAAUUUAUCUAAUAAUGACUAGCUUAAACCGAUCGCAUUACUAGACCUAAACAAUUACUUUGUGUAUUACGGAAUUCUCUAUAUUAGGAUCCAAUUGUCUUAAAAAUUAAUAAACCUUUUCUUCAGAUUACCUGUAGUUGGCUUAAAUGUUAUAGAAAUAUUCUUUGUAAUUCUUUAUUUUGUCUACUUUUUCCGAUCGUUGGAAUGGCAUAGAAAGCAAUUCUCUCAUUUCCAUUAACACAAGUACAAAUUUUAAGUUGUCUUCCAAAAAUCUAUUUUCCAAUUGCUAUCUAUAUCUACAUGAAUAAACUGUUCAAACCUGUCAAAAUGUGGACUAAAAACAACAAGUAUGACCGACUUAAAGUUAUAUACCACUUGAGAUACUCUUAAGAAAUGUGAUUGCCUUUAUCCAGUUAAGAUUUCUUAUAACAUUCUCGGUAUUAGUUCAAAAUAUUGAAGAAUUAAGCAAUUUUUGGACACAAAUUGAGACUUGCAGUUUCUCACCUGGGAAGUCAUGUAAGAAAAGCUAUUGAUUAAAAUAAAAUUCUUAAAAAUAUAGAUAUAUUAUUUGGAUCCCACAAGUUGUUUACACAAAAUGUAACAUAUUUUCUUUAAUUUUUACCUAAUUUGACUUGCCAUUCUAUAACAUAUAAAGUCUAUGUAAAUAUUUUUCAAAAAACCGUAACAUUUUGUAAGCCAUAUCUUGCUGAAAUCCAAAAAACCGAUUCAAAUAGUGAAAACUCUACUUGAUAAAGAAAAUAAAUAUAUUUUAUGAAGGACCAUAUUUGAUUUUAGCUAAGCCAUAAACCUUUCCUUUUUAGUAACCUAACACGAACUAUUCCUAAAACGAAUGUGAAAAAAUAGUAUGAAAAAAGAAACUCAGAUCUGCACUUUACUUACGAAGGACCAUAUUUAGCAGGUUUAGUCAAGACAUACACCUUAUUAUUUUUCUAAUAACAAAAUUCAUAUUAUUCGUGAAAUAGAUAAGAAAUCUAAAUUGAACAAAAAGAGAACUAGUUACUAGGUAUUUCUUUAAAAAAAAGUGGACUAGACUCUCUAUAAUAUGAACAACAGAAAAUGGAGUGGAAAUCUGUAGCUUACGAGGGACCAGGCAUGGAAAAUACAACACUAUUGUAAUUUUUCAGUAUUUUUUGACUACUCUAUGGACUACUUAUGAAAAUAGAAAAUAUAUUACUGUAUAGACUGAACUAGAUUUUAGAUUACAAACUAUGGACUAGACUAGCCAACAGACUAGUAUAUAGAGUAGUAUAUAACUUUUAAGUAAUUUCUGACUACUCCAUGAACUAUUUUCAUAAGUAGUUCAUAGAGUAGUCAAUAUAUUACUCCAUAGACUUGCCCAAAAACUAGUCCAUAGACUACACAAUUAACUAGAUUCUAAAUUACAAAUUAUGGACUAGACUAGUCCACAGACAAGUCAAUAGACUAGUUCAUAGAGUAGUCCAUAGAGUAGUCCAAUAUACACUACUAGUCAAUUGUCUAGUCAUUGAAUAGCCAAUUGAAUAGUCCAAAGACAAACUAGUCUCAGACUAUUCUAUACACUAGUUCAUAGACUUAUCAAUAGACUAGUUCAUAGACUGGUCCAUAGAAUAGUCCAAAGACUAGUACUCACAAUAGUCAAUAGACUAAUCUAUAAACUAGUCAACAGACUAAUCUACAAACUAGUCUAUAGAAUAGAUCAUUUACUAGUUAAAAGUCUAGUUCAUACGGUUCUAUUAAUCGUCUUUCGAAUAAUCGAAAUAUGGACUUUUUGUCAAAAAAAGUUGAAGUAAACAAUUAUGUCCCAAUAAAGUCAAAAAAUUGACUUUAAUGUAAGAAUAAAAUUAGAAAUGUCAGAAAAAAUCGACUUUUGUUAAAUGACUAAAAUGUGGAAAGUAGACUGACUUUUGCAUAGCCUAGUUCCAGAUUUGCCUAGACCAUAGAUUAGACCGUAGACUAGCCAAUUGAUUAGUCACUGAACUAGUCUAUUGAUGUAAAACUAUUGAAGGUACUAAAAAGGACUCUUUAUAAUAAAAGUUAGUAAUAUGUCCAUGCUGGUGAAGGACCAUAUUUGUUAGCCAAGACACAAACCAUUUCCUUGUUAACUAAACACAACUAUACUCAAUUGAAAUGCGUUCUUAAAAUUUAAAAAAAGGCAACUAAAACUUUACUUACGAACAUUCAUAUUUGUUAACAGUUUUAGCCGAGACACCAACCUUUUCUUUUUUCAGUAACGAAACACGAACUAUGCUAAAUAAAUAUAAAAUUUUUUUAUAAUUCUUUUUUAUAUUCUUGCCGUUCAAAAUACACAUGUUUUUACACAAAAAUAUAUACAUUCAAAAUGACAUAAUAUUAAACAUUUUAUUAAAUAUAAAAAUAUAUUUAAAAAAUCAAAACAACAACUUGUAUUUGAUAUGAAUAUGUCACGUAUUUAGAUGUAUUAGCAAAAUAUUAACAAUAUAAAACAAAUUGUUAAAAAAUAAAAAAAUGUAUUAGAAAAUCUUGUAAAAAAAAUUAGAAAAAAUUCUAAAUAUGUUAUUUAAGAAACUAACUGUAAUAUUAACACUAUUCAGAGAGUACUUAAGCAAAUGGUCCCUUUGUUUAAAACUAGAAAAGGAUAAAACCAAAAAAAAAAGUUGUCCAUGUUUCCUACUAAAAUAAAAGUAGUUUUUUAAAAUUGACAUUGCAAAAAGUAUUAGAUUAACUAAAGAUAAUAUCAAACCGAUAUUAAUUACUUUUAAAAAAAAAAGCUCAACAUAUAGAAACAAAUUUAAAAAAAAUCUUGAAAUGAAAUAAAAAUACAUGAAACGAACUCAAGUUUAAAACUGUUUUAAAACUAAUUAUAACAAAUAAACAUAAUUAAAUAUUAUCAUAAAAAAACUUAUUUAUUAUUAAAAUAAUAAUAACAAGAAAAAUCUUUAUGUCUACACCUUUAAAUAACAAAAAAAAAACAAAAUCAAUUUGUUACACAUUUUUUAAAAAAAGAAUUUUAUAUAUUUUUUAAAUAUCAUAAAACCGUAACAAAACAAUUAAAUGUCAAAGUUUACAACAACAAGCUUGUCACAGUCUUAAAACACAAUCAUUUAAAAAGAAACUGUGAACAGCCUUUAUAUUAAAAGAAAAACUUAAAUAUCCUAUUACUCAAAUAAAUAUUUAUUGUGUAUAAAUUAUAGUUUUAUAAAAAUGUUACUAAUUUUUUAAAUUGUAUAUAUUUUUUUUUUGUUUUAU